UUCAACAAUGCAGCCUUGAUCGUGCACACAGGGGGAUCUAGCUACUCGUACAGCGCUCGAUUGGCAUGGACAUGCUUACAAAAAUAAAACUUAACACCGAAACUUGUAUAACCCGAAAUAUGUUUUGAAGCUGCUUGAAGUAUAUAUAUAUUUUUUAAAACAUUUUGGAGCCUCAUACCGGGUUUUGACAUUUGGAGGCCUUCGGCAGACCUUCGCUCUUCGGCAGACCCACUCGGACCCAGAUAAUGGGCACAACCUGGGCAGGAGCGGCCGACCGAUGAUGACACUCUGCUGCACUGUGAACAGCCAUGUUCUCGUCCAAGGCGUUUCCCAGAAGGGUCUCCCCUCUCCGACACUGUGCUUACAUAGGUCAGGAAUACAACUACAUCAUACAAAAGGAAUGAUGGCAUGGACUUGUCUGAACUAUGGCACACCUGCAGGAUAAAGGUGAGGUCCCCCGACAUCUGAUACCAAAAGCAAAACCAAGAUCAAGUAGAUCUACAUUUUAUAAGGAAAAAACAAGUCGAUGAACAACUGAUGGUUUAGUGUCCACACUUUCACCAUGUUGACGAGGUUGCACCAUGGCUGCUGAUUCCUGUAGACUAGUAGACUCUCCGGUGCGGCACUGAGUCCAGUGACCCUAACCCAUGAUGCAGCGUAACGGUGGCGGGGUGGGGGCUGGUGGCCAGCCGUGGGUGUUGCGGCGCGUGCGCCUCACUUGGCUCAGCUUCAUGCUCUUCUUCAUCCUGGUCUUCUUCCCGCUCAUUGCCCACUACUACCUCACCACCAUCGACGAGGCAGGCGGCCCCGACAAGCGCAUCUUCGGCCCUCGGCCCGGCGGUGAGCUGUGCGAAGCCAAGCACGUGCAGGACCUGUGCCGCAUCCGCGAGUCGGUCAGCGAGGAGCUGCUUCAGCUGGAGGCCAAGCGGCAGGAGCUGAACGGGGAGAUCGUCCGACUCAACCUGCGUAUCGAAGCGUGCAAGCGUAGCAUCGACAGUGCCAAACAGGACCUGCUGCAGUUGAAGAACGUUAUCAGCCAGACGGAGCACUCAUACAAGGAGCUGAUGGCCCAGAACCAGCCCAAGCUCUCGCUUCCCGUGAGGUUAUUACCUGACAAGGACGACCCAGGACUACCCCCGCCCAAGUCUGCCCACGUCUGCCACCUGCGCUCCUGCUUCGACUACGCCCGCUGCCCGAUGACCUCGGGCUUCCCUGUGUACGUCUACGACACGGCCUCCUACCCCUGGGGUGAGUCUCUGGACCCGCUGGUCAGGCAGGCCUUCGCCACCUCGGUGAAGAGCAGCAUCUACGUGACGGACAACCCCAGCAUCGCCUGUCUGUAUGUGGUGCUGGUGGGGGAGCUGCAGGAGUCUCCUUCCUCCCCCCUCCCGGCCCCCUCAGCGCUGGAGAAGCAGCUGAAGGCUUUGCCGUACUGGAGGUCUGACGGACACAACCAUCUUCUGGUCCACCUUUCCAGGAAGUCCAUGACACAGAACUUCCUGUACAAUGUGAGCACGGGCCGGGCGGCAGUGGCUCAGUCCACCUUUCUUGAGCAGCAGUACCGCGAGGGCUUUGACCUGGUGGUGUCCCCACUGGUUCACGCCCUCUCUGAGCCCAACUUCCUGGAGGUGCCACCCCAGGUGCCCGUCAAGAGGAAGUACCUGUUUACCUUCCAGGGCGAGAGAGUGGAGUCUCUGAGGAGCAGCCUGCAGGAGGGGCCGCCUCAGUCCUUUGAGGAGGAGAUGGAGGGAGACCCGCCAGCCGACUACGACGAUCGCAUCAUCGGAACGCUUAAGGCAGUGCAGGACAGCCGCCUGGACCGGGUGCUGGUGGAGUUCACCUGUAAGAGCCCGCAGCCCAGCCUGCCCACAGAGUGGGCCCUGUGUGGGGAGAGGGAGGAGCGGCUAGAGGUCCUUAAGGCCUCCACCUUUGCCUUGGUCAUCUCCCCCGGAGACGGUCAACUGAUGGCCUCAGCGGGCAACGGCAUGAGGCUGUUUGAGGCCCUGGAGGUGGGGGCCAUCCCUGUGGUACUAGGAGAUCAUGCCAGGCUGCCCUACCAUCAGCUGGUCCACUGGAGCGAGGCGGCCAUUAUGGUGCCCAAGCCCCGCAUCACCGAGCUGCACUUCCUGCUACGCAGCCUAUCAGACAAUGACCUGCUGGCCAUGCGGCGGCAGGGCCGCUUCCUGUGGGAAACCUACUUCUCUACCUCAGAGAACGUCCUGGGCACAAUUCUGGCUAGCGUCCGGACCCGCAUCCAGGUGCCCCCCGCGCCCAUCCACGAGGAACCUGCCCAGGAGAUCCCCCACAAGGCGGGCAAGAUGGCGGGCACGGACGCUAACAUGGGCGACAAUGGCGACCUGGACCUGGGUCCCGUGGAGACGGAGCCACCCUACGCCUCACCACGCUUCCUUCGAAACUUCACCUACACAGCAUCCGACACCUACCAGACCUGGAACCGCGCCCCGGGGCCUUUCCACCUCUUCCCUCACACGCCGCUGGACCCGGUGCUGCCCUCAGAGGCCAAGUUCCUGGGUUCGGGCACGGGCUUCCGCCCCAUUGGCAGUGGCACGGGUGGCUCGGGGAAGGAGUUUCAGGCAGCGCUGGGUGGGAACGUGCCCCGGGAGCAGUUCACCGUGGUCAUGCUGACCUAUGAGAGAGAGGAGGUUCUGAUGAACUCCCUGGAGAGGCUCAACGGGCUGCCUUACCUCAACAAGGUGGUGGUGGUGUGGAACUCCCCCAAGCCUCCUUCAGACGACCUGCUGUGGCCAGACAUCGGCCUGCCCAUCGUGGUGGUGCGCACGGAGAAGAACAGCCUCAACAACCGGUUCCUGCCCUGGGACGUCGUGGAGACGGAAGCCAUCUUGUCCAUCGACGACGACGCCCACCUCCGCCACGACGAGAUCAUGUUUGGGUUCAGAGUGUGGAGGGAGGCCAGGGACCGCAUCGUGGGCUUCCCUGGGAGGUUCCAUGCCUGGGACGUCAACCACCAGUCAUGGCUCUAUAACUCUAACUACUCCUGUGAACUGUCCAUGGUACUGACGGGCGCCGCCUUCUUUCACAAGUACUAUGCGUACCUGUACUCGUACGUGAUGCCCCAGGCCAUCCGCGACAUGGUGGAUGAGUACAUCAACUGUGAGGACAUCGCCAUGAACUUCCUGGUGUCGCAUAUCACCCGCAAGCCCCCUAUCAAGGUGACAUCUCGUUGGACAUUCCGCUGCCCCGGCUGCCCGCAGGCCCUGUCGCAUGACGACUCUCACUUCCACGAGCGCCACAAGUGCAUCAACUUCUUUGUCAAGGUGUACGGCUACAUGCCCUUACUCUACACGCAGUUCCGCGUGGACUCUGUGCUCUUCAAGACGCGUCUGCCCCACGACAAGACUAAGUGCUUCAAGUUCAUCUAGCCCAGGGCUAGGCCCAGCUGAGAACGUUGGGCAGAACGGAGCUAGAGACUGAGGAACUCGGGCAGGACGGAAGAGAGAGCAGACAAGACUGGUUCUGAGAAAGAGGGAGGUUUUGGGAUGAGGGCUUAAACCCAGGAAUGGAUCUAGGAUGAAUGAGACAGACCACACCUUCACUGGAAGCUGAGAAGAACUUCUGCCAAUCAAGAAGCCUUUUCAUUUUUUUUAAACGUAAUUGUAUUCUUCAUCAUGUCGUUCAUGUGUGUUACAUCAUCAACUACUACAUAUUUCAUUUAACUUGUUAUGGGCCUGCAGAGAGAAAGAGGAGAGGACGCUGGCAACACUGCCUGUCCAAGGACAGUGACUUAACUUGACUCUGCAAGACAAACUCAAACUGGCAUUGUAAACGGACUGGUUUUAAACUGACACAGGGAGAGAAUGAGACAGUGGACUGUCACGUGGGCCAGCCCUGAGCUCCUGAAUUACUAGCUAGACAACAGACUGGUUUUAAACUGACGCAGGGAGAGAAUGAGACAGUGGACUGCCACGUGGGCCAGCCCUGAGCUCCUGAAUUACUAGCUAGACAACGGACUGGUUUUAAACUGACACAGGGAGAGAAUGAGACAGUGGACUGCCACGUGGGCCAGCCCUGAGCUCCUGAAUUACUAGCUAGACAACGGACUGGUUUUAAACUGACACAGGGAGAGAAUGAGACAGUGGACUGCCACGUGGGCCAGCCAUGAGCUCCUGAAUUACUAGCUAGACAACGGACUGGUUUUAAACUGACACAGGGAGAGAAUGAGACAGUGGACUGCCACGUGGGCCAGCCCUGAGCUCCUGAAUUACUAGCUAGACAAUGGACUGGUUUUAAACUGACACAGGGAGAGAAUGAGACAGUGGACUGCCACGUGGGCCAGCCCUGAGCUCCUGAAUUACUAGCUAGACAACGGACUGGUUUUAAACUGACACAGGGAGAGAAUGAGACAGUGGACUGCCACGUGGGCCAGCCCUGAGCUCCUGAAUUACUAGCUAGACAACGGACUGGUUUUAAACUGACACAGGGAGAGAAUGAGACAGUGGACUGCCACGUGGGCCAGCCCUGAGCUCCUGAAUUACUAGCUAGACAAAAGGACUGGUUUUAAACUGACACAGGGAGAGAUUGAGACAGUGGACUGUCACGUGGGCCAGCCCUGAGCUCCUGAAUUGCUAGCUAGACAUUUCACCCUUUGAGAGAGAAACAAAGGCAUACCAUUUGUCAUUGCACAAAUUGUUUUGUUUUUUGUCGUUUAUUUUAUAUUUGUAAACUAAUUUGACAUGUAUUUACUCUACUCUUGUAUAUGAAACCGUGAGAGAAGCACUGAAGGUCGCAGAAGUAUUCUAUUCAAUGAUCUUACUUUUUUUACAUGGUGUUUAGUAGUGUAAAUCUCCAUGUGGGAUGGUCAGUCGCCACCAGAACCUCUUGUUAUUAGCUGACCCAUAGAAUCACUAGAAUGGGUAAAGGCCCUCAGACCGUGUCAAUUUCACGGUAGAUUAUAUUUCUAUGGGCAGACCUAAACUAAGCUAGAAAGUGGUCUUUGUCAUUCUGUCUUUAAAUGACCUCAGAUGGAGACUACAGGACCAUUAUGCCACAAGUUCUACAAGUUUACCAGAAAAAUCUGUAAAAUAUUCAUAGGAAACUGUAUUAGUUGGAAUGCCAUUACCUAACACGUUCAUUAAGCCUACAGCAGACUACAUUGGUGUAAAGUCAGACCUUGGCUUUUUUCUGACUUUUUGGAUGUUAGUGAUAUUGGUCUACCAAUGGUUAUUGUUAAAUGUCUGAGUAGUCCUAAUUAAGUGUUCAGUAAUGGAGUAGGGUGACGUUGCCCCUAGAUGCAGAUCUUGGGUCAGUUUUUAACUUCUCCCACUAAUGGUUAAUGUUAGGAUUGGAGAGGGGAAGCUGAUUCCAGAUCUGGACCUAGGGGAAACUUCCCGCAGGAGCAUCAAUUGUACAAGGAAUUGAAAAAUAAGCUUAUUUCGACUGAAGAUGUUUUGGUGUUUCUGUCUCUCAUCAUCACGGUCCAAUCAUGUCAAAGGUUACAGUUUCAUUCAGUUUGAAAAGGAGCUUCUUCUCUGUACAGCGUCUCCAUGUCGGUCCCUCAAGUUUCAUUUCAUAACGAUUUCAUGCUCAAUGAAUGUUUUUUUUUGCCAAAUAGGUACGAUGUUAUAAGCUGAAAAACAGCACAAUGUUUUGUAAAGUGCACAAUGCAGUCUGGUACCCCCCCGUUAGACGGUACUCUUCCACCUUGGCCACCCCUCCCCAAAAAAAAUAGGUCCCCCCGCUAUGAAAAUGGCAGCGCCCGCCCUUGUACUAUGCAGCCCUUAUUACUUAAUGUACUUUGACCUUUUCUGGCUUCAUUCCAUUCAUUUGACUGGAUGAUAUAAACUAACAAUGCAACCUUUAUUUGAGAUGAUUCAGGAGAGAUGACAACACUGUUGAUCAGAAAACAGGAUCGGACUUACUCUGGGAGGCUACUUUUAUAGAACUCAACAUUAUCGCCCCACAUAUACUUUCUGUAUAUUUAUUUAAUUGAAUAUAUUAAAUGGAUCUUCUAAGGCUUGCUUCUAAAGGGUUUUGUGAAUAGAAAUGACUGCAAUAAAAUGGAAUGUGAUCUUGGCCAUUAGCUCUCAGACAACGGAACCUGCUCCCCCGACUGACCCGGCAUCAGUGCGCCCCAUUACAACACUAACGAAAACCAAAUCAAGUGUUAUUUGUGACAUGCUUUGUAAAGAACUGGUGUAGUCUAACAGUGAAAUGCUUACUUACCCUUCCCAACAAUGUAGAGAGAACAAUAGAACGAUAAUAACACAAGGAAUAAAUCCACAAUGAGUAAAGAUAACUUGGCUUUAUACACGGGGCACCAGUACGGAGUUGAUGUGCAGGGGAAUGAGGUAUUUGAGGUAGAUAUGUACAUAUAGGUAGGGAUUAAGUGACUUGGUAAUAGGAUAGAUAAUAAGCACUAGCAGCAGCGUAUGUGAUGAGUCAAGAGUUGAUGCAAAAGGGGGUCAGUGCAGAUAGUUUGGGUAGCUAUUUGGUUCACUAUUUAGCAAUCUUAAGGUUUGGGGGUAGAAGCUGUUCAGGGUUCUAUUGGUUUCAGACUUGGUGCAUAGGUACCGCUUGUCUAUGACUUGGGUGGCUGAAGUCUGACAAUUUUUUAGGGCCUUCCUCUGACACCACCUGUUAUUGAGGUCUGGGAUGGCAGGAAGUUCAGCCCCAGUGAUUUACUGGGCCUCACGCACUGUAGCGCCUUGCGGUUGGAUGCUAAGCGGUUGCCAUAUCAAGUGAUGGUGCAGCCAGUCAAGAUGGUGCAGCUGUAGAACUUUAUGAGGAUCUGAGGGCCCAUGCUGAAUCUUUUCAUCCUCCUGAGGGGGAAGAGGUGUUGUCGUACCUUCUUCACGACUGUGUUGGUGUGUUUGGACCAUGUUAAUUCCUUAGUGAUGUGGAUGCCGAGGAACGAGACGCUCUCAACCCGCUCCGCUACAGCGGAGUGCUACGGGGCGAAAGUGAUUUAGACGGGUUACCUUGGCAUUCUUGGACACAGGGUCUAUGGUGGUCUGCUUGAAACAUGUAGGUAUUACAGACUGGGUCCUGGAGAGGUUGUUGCUCUUUGUUCCCGUCCUGUGAACCCAUCUGCCCCCGCGGUGAAUAUUAAUCUGUUUAAAGGUCUUACUCACAUCGGCUAUGGCGAACGAAAUCAAACAGUCGUCCGGAACAGCUGGUGCUCUCGUGCAUUCCUCUAGGCGAGCAUUUCGCUCGUCUGGUAGACUUCCGUUACUAGGCAGCUCAUUGUAAUCCUUGGAUGUGGCAGAGCUUGCAAACGAUCGAGUAUCAGAACCGGUGUAGUAGGAUUCGAUUUUAGUCCUGUAUCGAGGCUUUGCCUGGUUGACGGCUCGUCAGAGGUCAUAGUGGGAUUUAGUGUCCCUGCUCCUUGAAAGCAGUAUCUCGAUGUGGCAUUGACUGCACGUUGUAAAAUUUGCCCUAAAAUGCAGGCCUGGGAUCAGCUCUAGCCUGCACCAAUCUUAACCGGAUCAUUUCAGGUGAAAAGCAAAACUGAUCUGAGAUCAGGACUUUGAGACAACAACAGACUGGGUAUGUGCUCAGUUAAACCGGUUUUAUUACUCUGGGUCAAUCCAUUUGCAAUAAGGUGCAGUAGCUUCAGUUUGAGCUCCCGAUUUUGCCUGCAUAAUUACCUGGCUCACAGACUUCUGACAUUUCCUGCGGCAGGGAGGGGUCUGGUCGGGUGACAUCUCACACAGUGCUUUGAAAGUCCCACCUCCAUCCUUCCCCUUUCAGUUUUCUUCGGAGCCAGUGGCACAGGAGGUAUUGCCGUGGCAACAAGCAAGGAAAGAGGGCCAGGAAAAAGCAGACACUCGUUCCUUUAGCCAGGUGUUUAAGUGUUCUGAAACUGUGCUCCUGUGACUGUCCCUCACCCAACCCUGGGUCUUGUUCAUUAUACACCAAACAGACUGAAGCAGAGGGAAUAUAUGGAUUUAGUCCAAUAAGAAAGGCUUGUUUUGAUUUAUUUACAACACUAAAGCUGUUUGCUUGUGUUCGCUAAUGAAUAUGACCCUUGACUAGCACCUGCAACUACUACUGCCAGCCCUGUUCUGUACCAGACUGACCAAUGAUGACAGGGUAAAACAAACCAUUGAAGGCCAAACAUGGAAUUAAAGUUGGUUAAAAACAUG